CAAGUACAGCUUUUUGGGUCCGUCUCAAGCCCAAGUACCCAUCCACCCCAACCCAACCCGAAUGUAUCCGCGAACUAUUGUUCGGAGUUGUACAAGUAUUGUUCAAGAACCAAACAGUAGGAAGAGUAAAAACAAAAAAUGGUUUCAGAGAUGUCAAAUUCGCAGCCGGUGGAUGGAGGGGCAGCGGCGAAUCUGCCGCGAACUUUUAAGUAUUUGUUAGCUACGCAGUUUCUGGCAAGGGGAAUUCCAUUCAUAUUCAAUUCCUGGAUUGUCAGACACCUAUCCGAAGAAGAUUAUGCGCUCUAUGCUGUACAAUUCCAUCUGUUUGUUACCUGUGUAUUGUUUCUCAGUAGAGAGGGGUUCCGGCGAGCAUGCAUGAGGGCAGAUAUCAAAUGUGAUGGUGCUUCAGCAACAGGACCAAAUGCAGCUAAGCUUUUGAAAGUAGCCUGGAUGACUUUCCCUUUAGGAAUACUAGUUACAAUUUCAGCAUGUUUAUUCGUAUUUUGGUGGCAAGGGCUAAGUUAUUCUAGUUCAUAUGCACAGGCUAUCUUGAUUAAUGGUUUUGCUUGUGUACUUGAGCUACUGGCAGAACCAUUUUAUAUAUUGUCCCAGAAUUUGGUUCUUCUCAGAUUGCGGCUGGUUGCUGAAACUGUAGCCACUCUUUCACGCUGUAUAGUAACAUAUAUCCUCAUCCUGAAGCAACCUGGCAUGGAGAAAGCAAUUGUAUUUGCCCUGUCACAGGUUGCAUAUGGAGCAUCUAUUUUCUUAGGUUAUUGGAGCUACUUUCUUCUAUUUCGAGCAUAUAAAACUUCAGUUCUUUUUCCAUUCAGGAAAGGAAAUACAAUGGGUUAUGACCAAGCACUUGCUAACAUGUGUAUGAUUUUUACUCUUCAAUCUUUUCGGAAGUUGAUUCUUCAGGAAGGUGAAAAGAUGGUCCUUGUAUGGUUGGACACGCCAUAUAACCAAGCAGUAUACGGACUUGUAGAGAAACUAGGUAGCUUAGUGGUGAGGCUGGUUUUUCUUCCAUUUGAGGAAAGUUCCUAUGUUACAUUUGCAAGGUCUGCAUCAGGAGAGUACGAAGAGAAAAAGAAGAACCUGGGAAGGCGUCUGACAGAUGCGCUAAAACUUGUUUUGCUAAUAGGUUUGGUGGUUAUCGCAUUUGGUCCAAGCUAUUCGUAUUCCCUCAUCAGGCUGUUGUAUGGUAGAAAAUGGAGUGAUGGAGAAGCUUCGGUAGCACUCCAGUAUUAUUGCCUUUACGUGAUAGUUUUGGCCAUGAAUGGGACGUCCGAAGCAUUUUUGCAUGCAGUUGCGACAGAGGAUCAACUUAAACGGUCAAAUGACUCAUUACUUGUCUUCUCAUUGAUUUACCUGGUCUUAAAUGUCCUACUUAUAAGAUCAGCAGGCGCAAUUGGAUUAAUAUUAGCAAAUUCUUUGAACAUGAUCUUCAGGAUAAUUUAUUCAGCGGUUUUCAUCAGAAAAUAUUUCAAGGAUUCUUCCUCCUUUUCGUUUAGUGGUUGCUUGCCAGCAGGCUAUGAGUUUCUACUAGUUUCAGGUGUAGCCACUUUCAUCCUUGAGAGAACAUAUCUGAACCGAGAUCACUUCUGGGCCACCUUUACUGUUCACUUCUCCUUUGGCUUGGCAUGUUUCAGCGUAGCGGCUUUUGUAAUCUACAAAAAGGAGAAGCUCUUCAUUAGCAAAAUUAUACGCUUCCGUGAGCAUGCUGAUUGAAGCUGGUGAAGAUCCAAGGAACUACUUUGGUGUUGAAAACUCAUGAAGUGUAUCAUGAUCAAUGUGAUUUUGGAUCGACCAUAGAUACUAUAGAAGAAUUCCACUCCUGGAGUUUGGCCCAGGUACUUCAAAGAGAUGGAAGAUCAACUAUCCUUUCUGUUUAAAGUGCCCCAUUUACUCCGUGGUUCAUAUCGUGCACCACCAGCUUUAAUAUAUCACCAACUGUUCCCCUUCUCAUCCAGCAUUCAAGACAACCAAGAUCUCAGCCUUGGGUUGGAUCGGUCUAACAAUUUGGUCCAGUUGUCAUAAUUUUGGAUUAGCUGCCAAAGUUGCAGCAUAACAUUCGAUUCUGGACCUGCUUGUAUGAUUUUGGUGGCCUCAAAACUUUUGGGAUGCUUUUGAAUAUACAAAGUGACUUGUGAAUACAAAUCUAACAAUGAUAUGUGUAGAUUCUGAAGAUGGGAGUACACUUUAGGAUUCAAAUCUUCCUGGGAUUUGCAUUGGCUUCUGAUUAAAGUACUAAAAUUGUGAUC